CAGACCAAAUUCAUCCUACUUUUCAAUCAUCCUUCUUUUGUGUACAAACAUAUUCUUUGCGAUUCAUCAGUUUAUUCUAAUAUAAAUGGAUAUUAAAGAACAACAGCCCGAAACUACUGAAGAACAAAGAGUUGCGGUGGAGGCUCAAUCAAAUGGCCAACCACAAGAAACCGACCAGCAACAAGACCAGCAGCAACACACAAGAUAUGAUAUUGCGUACGCUAAUCUAACUCCCCCUAACCAAACUGUAGUUGUUGAUCCAUCUCUCCAGACUGAUCCAACGAAAUCAUCUGGGUCUUUUGGCGCAGUUAAUUAUCAUCCACCAUACAGUUUGAUUAUGAGUCCAAGCCCUCAUCAGUACGUUAUUGGUACUUCCAGUACUCCCCCUGCAGCAACAUCGGGAAUGGAUGAACAGGAAGAACCUCUUUAUGUAAAUGCUAAACAGUACCACAGAAUUUUGAAACGUCGAGCUGCUAGGGCAAAACUUGAAGCAGAAAAUAAGAUACAGAGGGGACGAAAGAAAUACCUCCAUGAAUCUCGUCAUAAACAUGCUAUGCGACGACCUCGUGGACCAGGUGGUCGCUUUCUCACUGCGGCUGAAAUUGCUGAAUUAGACCGACAGAAAAAGGAAGAAUCGUCUUCUCAAUCACAAGACACUCAACAGCAAAACGGUUCUGGAGAACCUUUGAAUCAAAUCAUUCCGACAGUAGAGAACGGUAUCAAACAAGAAGUUCACAAAUGAGAAAAUACUGAAAAAGUCGUAUUCUCUCUUUCCUUCACUUAUACUGUUAGUUAAAAUUAUUAUUCUUUUUUUUUUAAUCAUCUAGAGAGAGUUUAAAUUUUUUUUUUUUCUCAUAUUUUAUUUCCUUUUUUUGGAGUGGGCGGAAUUUCAGACAUUUUUUUUUUUUUGUUUCAAAUACAACUUCAUUUAUAUAGACUUUUUAAUACUAGUGAUUAGUUACUUAUUAUAAUACGAAGUUCUUUUAAAUGUUUAUUGAACUGACAAUAAUUGAAUUAUUUUCGGUUCCGAGUUUUAUACGUUUAUAAUAACGGAU